AAGACGUGUGCUUUCGGAUAAAAUUUCUUUUGAAUGUGUGUAAUAUGGCAGAUUCCGAGGUUUUGAAGAAAUUGAAAGAUAUUCCGUUUAAAAUCCAGACCGCUAGUUUAAAAGGAAGACGUGCAGUCGUAAAAGAAAUUCAGGAUGUUGUAUCAGCUCCAGGUGCCACAGAGCCAGCUGUGCGGUUUGCGUGCAGGCUUAUUGCCACUACGCUACACCGAUACAGGGACUGCACCUCACAAUCAUACAUAAAUGGCCUGCUGCAUUAUUUGGUGUCCUACCGCCGAGAGUGGACCAUGAGGAACUUGCUCCCGUUACUGCUAGACCUGUCAGAGCAGCUGCGCAAUACAGCCACAUCAAAAAGCACAUGUCAGAGUGGUCUGUACGCGCUGCGCUGGACCACGGUGAUAAUGAAGGCCAUUGCAAAGUCUCCCGACUUCACACUCUACGACCACAACACCCUGGUGGUGUCCCAGGCCAACUUUCUAGCUGUUGUUGUAGCUUUCGGCAACAAAAGACAAAAUGACAAGGCUUUCUCUAUGCUCCACUCAGCGUGGUGCGCCCUCGGCACGAAGAACCUGGGCAAGUAUCUGGAGGUGCUGAUGGCGCAGCCCCCGGACUCCGGCCCGCACGUGUGCGUCACGCUGUCCGCCAUAUGCCAGCACCACGCCGACACUGGCGAAAUACCAGCCAUGGAGCCCUACAAGGAGAAAAUUCUGGAAAGCUUCACAAAGAGCUUGAUCAGCGUGAAGAGUCGACCGAAUGCCAACUACAUCAAGGGUUGUUCGGCCUUCCUCCAACUUCUGAACAAGUCUGAAGUGGACGGCAGUCUGCUGCCGGCCCUGCACAAGGCCAUGCUCAGGAGCCCCGAGACCAUCAUAGAGGCUGUCGGAGAGGUCGUGGAGAAUUUAAAUGUGGACUUGGAUGGCAUCGCUGUGGAUAUUGGAAAGAGUUUAAUAGUCAAUUUACACUCGAAGAACGAGUGGGUGCGCGAAGAAGCAUUACGCGCAUUACAGCGUGUAGCGCGGCGCUGCAAAGCGCUUGACGUUGCGCGGGCGCUGCUCACGCACGCCUUCGCCGAGUACAACGGCGCCAGUGGGAAGCUCACUUCUAGCGAGGACAAGAUCGUCGUGCUGCAGGGCAUCGGCGCUCUGAGCGAGCUGGGCGUGGACGAGUCGUCCCGGCCGGCCCUGUUCGAGGAGAUGGUGAAGCUGGCGGGCCGCGUGCUGGACAGCGAGUCGCACGAGCGCACGCUGUGCGGCGCGCUGCUGGCGCUGCAGCGCUGGCUGGCGCGGCUGCGGGGCGCGCUGCCGCCCGCGCUCGUCGCCUUGUACCAGAAAAACCUAUCAGCCAAAAGUAGUACGCAAGUGGUCCGCAUCGCGUACACGUCGCUGGUGUCGCUGGCGCUGCGCUCGUGCCGCGCCGCGGGCCCGCAGGCCGACGCGCUGCGCCCGCCGCUGCUCAAGGCCGUGGAGAGGGCGGCCCAGCAGCCGUUACAGCACCUGGUAGUAAGCGAGGGUAUCGCGGCCAUGGCGGCGCUGGUGGCGCUGGACGGCGGCCGCGGCCUGCCCGGCAGCCCCGCGUGGGGCGCGCUGCUCGGCGACCGGCACGUCUUGCUGCACGACAGAGUCUUGCAGGCCGCGCCGGACGAAGUCCUGAUACAGGUGGUGUUACUAUGCAGAUCAGUGUUGGAAAACUACCAAAGUGUUGCCAGUGAUAAAAAUUCUCCCAUUUACAAAGCGUUAGUGCUUGUGUUGUUGUCAACGGUGAAAUCUGUCAGAAGUUUUGCCAUUGAGGAGACAAAAGCGCUACUUGCCAAGGCAGAUAGAGCUCAAUUAGCGAGGUAUUUAGUGCUGAAGUUGAAUGAAGUGCUGGAUGAAGGGAAGAUCUUCAGCGGGAAGGAGAAGACGGCUGCUGAAGAGAAGGGGACGGAGGUCACCGGGAAGAUGAUACUGGAUUGUGUUCAAGCGCUGUGUUCCAAUAGAGAUUACCAGGUAGAAGACGCACAGAGCCUAGCAAUAGACGCGUUGCCGGCCUGCCACCACCCGCUGGCGGUCGCCGCGAACAAGAAGGCGUGGGUCAAAUUUGUGAGCUAUCUCAAACUUGACCCGAAGAAACUGGUCGCAAUGUACGCCAACAACUUGAAGAACACGUACAUCAAUGGAUAUGUACCUAAUGAGACGUGGUCAAACGUAGUGGCGACUCUGGUCAACGUGAACGCCGACGCUGUCGCCGAAGGAGCUAUACAAUGCGCGCUCUCCACUCUUCACGACCCCGAGCUGCUGAGGGUGACGCGCGAUGAAUACUUCACGUACCUCACGCAGGAGGGCGAGCUGUACGACAAGAGUUCUGUGCCGGGCAAUGAAGACAGCAAGGAGAUGAACCUGAAGCGAGAGAGCAAGGCGUACAGUUACAAGGACCAGCUGGAGGAGCUGCAGCUGCGGCGCGAGCUGGAGGAGAAGCGGCGCAGGGAGGGCAAGAUCAAGGAGGUACCGCUGUCAGCGAAACAGAAGGAAGCUAUAAAAGCCCAACUAGCCAAAGAAAGUGCCAUCAGACAGCGGCUCACAGUUCUGAACAGCCGCGUGGAGGCGGCGGUGCGGCUGCUGGCGGCGGUGCAGCGCGGCUCGGCGGCGGCGCUGGGCGCGCGCGCGCGGCGCGUGCUGCCCGCCGUGCUGGGCGCGCUGCGCAGCCCGCUGGCCGCGCCCGCGCUGGCGCCCGCGCUGCUGCGCAUGCGGCCCGCGCUGCUGCCCGCGCACGCCGCGCUCGGGGACGCCGUCGCCAGGGUCACGCUCAGACUGCACAAGCCACAAUGCGACCUGGACCCCGCCUGGGAGGAGGAAGACCUGGACAAGGCCACCGUCCGGGUCAUCAACCUGGUGUACGCCGCCACCGCCGAGUUCAAGGUGUCGACGCAACAGAUCGACGCUUUGCACGUAGACAUCCCGGAGAUGAAGCUUAACUAUUUCUCUGCACCUGGAUUCUGCUAUGUGUUCCCCUUGCUCAAACAGGGGCUGACGGCGCCGGCCACGCGCGCUGACGAGACCACCAUGGUGAACGGGCUGGUGGUGCUCGCCCACCACGCGUCGCUGGCCACCAGCACGCCGCCCGACAGCCCGCUGCUGGAGCCGGCGCUGCUGCCCAUCGACCACAUGUUCCGGCUGCUCAUCGACCUCAUCAGCAGCUCGUCGGGUCGCGUCCAGGCCAUGUGUACAGUGGCGUUGUUGGAAACCGCACAGUGCGGCGCUCAGGGCGGGGUCUCGCUGGACGACGUGGGCUGUCUGCUGGCCGGCUUACAGAGCCCGUUAGAGGUGGUCCGCGACGCCGCCCUGCGUGCACUGCUCUGUAUAUCCGAGUGCCUCCCGCCGCUGCUGGAGAACCCCGAACAUGCUCUGAACCUCACCAAACGAUUGCUGAUCGCGACCUUCGAUGUCUCCGAAGAAAACAAACAGCUGGCAGAGCAGCUGUGGGCGCGGCUGCCGCUGGCGCAGCAGUGGGCGCGCGAGGCGGCGCUGCUGGAGCUGGUGCUGGGCGACACGCGGCACGCCAGCGAGCCCGUGCAGCGCGCCUGCGCCGCCGCGCUGGCGCAGCUGGCGCGCGCCGCGCCCGCCUGCGUGGACGGCGUGCUGGCCCGCAUACAGGACACCUAUCAGGAGAAACUGCCGCUGAUCCCCGCCAAACUGGACCAGUUCGGUCACGUGGUGGAGGGCGCGGUGGACGAGUGGGGGGCCCGGCGGGGGGCCGCUCUGGCUCUCAAAGCCCUGGCGCCGCUGCUCAAGGCUGAUGCAGUGGCCGCCGCCAUGAGGUUCUUCGUGGAGAAGGCUCUGGGUGAUAGGCAUGAUGUGGUUAGAGGGGAUAUGCUGGACGCGGCGAUGGUGAUUGUCGAUCUUCAUGGGAAGGAAACCAUCAGCAGCCUCCUGCCCGUAUUCGAGAACUUCCUGGACAAGGCGCCGAAAUCCGGGGGGUUCGAUGCCGUCAGACAAAGUGUGGUGCUGCUGAUGGGGUCCCUGGCGCGCCACCUGGCCCCCGGCGACGCCCGCGUCAAGCCCAUCACGCUGCGGCUCGUCACCGCCCUGUCCACACCUAGUCAGCAGGUCCAAGAAGCGGUGAGCAACUGUCUGCCUCACCUGGUGACGUCACCAGCCCUGGAGGAAGAGAUCCCCGUCAUCAUGAACAAGCUGAUGAAGCAGCUGCUCACUGCCGAGAAAUACGGCGACCGGAAGGGUGCAGCGUACGGUAUAGCGGGCAUCAUCAAGGGCCUGGGCAUCCUGUCGCUGAAGCAGCUGGACGUCAUGGGCAAGCUCACCGAGGCCAUUCAGGAGAAGAAGAACUACAAGUAUCGCGAAGGCGCUCUAUUCGGCUUCGAGAUGCUCUGCUACAAGCUCGGCCGCCUGUUCGAGCCUUACAUCGUGCACGUGCUGCCUCACCUGCUGCUGUGCUUCGGGGACAGCUCGCAGUACGUCCGGGCGGCCGCCGACGACACCGCCAAGCUCAUCAUGAGCAAGCUGAGCGCGCACGGCGUCAAGCUGGUGCUGCCGUCGCUGCUGCAGGCGCUGCAGGACGACAACUGGCGGACUAAGGCGGGUUCGAUCGAGCUGCUAGGCGCGAUGGCGUACUGCGCUCCGAAGCAGCUGUCCUCCUGCCUCCCGUCCAUCGUGCCCAAGCUGAUCGAGGUGCUGAGCGACUCCCACAUGAGGGUGCAGGAGGCCGGCGCGGAGGCCCUCAAGGUCAUCGGCUCCGUCAUCCGCAACCCUGAGAUACAAGCAAUCGUACCGGUCCUGCUCCAAGCUCUCCAAGACCCGUCUAACAAGACCUCGGCCUGUCUCCAAACCCUGCUGGACACCAAGUUCGUGCACUUCAUCGACGCCCCGUCCCUGGCCCUCAUCAUGCCAGUGGUCCAGAGGGCUUUCCUCGACAGGAGCACGGAAACCCGCAAGAUGGCCGCCCAGAUCAUCGGCAACAUGUACUCGCUGACCGACCAGAAGGACCUGCAGCCGUACCUGCCUAACAUCAUACCAGGGCUGAAGAGCUCCUUGCUGGAUCCUGUGCCGGACGUACGUUCAGUAUCAGCUCGCGCCCUAGGCGCCAUGGUUAAAGGCAUGGGCGAGACCAGCUUCGAGGAACUGCUGCCUUGGCUGAUGCACACCCUGACUUCUGAGAGCAGCAGCGUAGACCGCUCUGGAGCCGCCCAGGGUCUCAGCGAGGUGGUGGCCGGGCUCGGGGUUCAUAAGCUGCACAAGAUCAUGCCUGACAUCAUAGCAACGGCUGAACGCACAGACAUCGCCCCGCACGUGAAAGACGGCUACAUCAUGAUGUUCAUCUACAUGCCUGGCGCCUUCACCGACGAGUUCACCCCCUACAUCGGGCAGAUCAUCAACCCGAUUCUCAAAGCACUCGCCGACGAGAACGAAUACGUACGCGAGACCGCGCUCAAAGCCGGGCAGAGAAUAGUCACCCUGUACGCCGAGUCGGCCAUAACUUUACUACUGCCGGAGUUAGAAAGAGGCUUGUUUGACGAUAACUGGCGUAUCAGAUACAGCUCGGUACAAUUGCUUGGAGAUUUGCUGUAUCGCAUAUCGGGUGUGACGGGCAAAAUGAGCACCGAGACAGCGUCGGAUGAUGAUAACUUCGGAACGGAGCACUCGCACAAGGCGAUCAUGAACGCGCUGGGAACUGAGAGGAGGAAUAGAGUAUUGGCCGGACUGUAUAUGGGAAGAAGUGAUGUGGCGCUGAUGGUGAGGCAGGCGGCGUUACACGUUUGGAAGGUGGUAGUAACCAACACGCCGAAGACCCUUCGCGAGAUAUUGCCGACACUGUUCAGCUUGCUGCUCGGCUGCCUCGCCUCCACCAGCUACGACAAGCGACAGGUGGCAGCCAGGACCUUGGGUGACCUCGUGAGGAAGCUGGGUGAACGAGUGCUGCCCGAGAUAGUGCCCAUCCUGGAGCGCGGGCUGCGGUCGGAGCGGGCCGACCAGCGCCAGGGCGUCUGCAUCGGGCUCGGGGAGAUCCUCUCCUCCACCUCGAGGGACGCCGUGCUCAGCUUCGCGGACGGAUUGGUCCCAACAGUCCGCACCGCCCUCUGCGACCCGCUGCCCGAAGUGCGGCUGGCGGCCGCGCGCACCUUCGACUCCCUCCACGCGACCAUCGGCAACAAGGCGCUGGACGACAUCCUGCCGCACAUGCUGCGCUCGCUCAACGACCGCGAGCGGGACGUGGCCGACGCGGCGCUGGACGGGCUCAAGCAGAUAAUGGCGAUCAAGUCGCGCGCCGUGCUGCCGUACCUGGUGCCGGUGCUGACGGGCGGCGGGCUGGCGGACACGCGCGCGCUGUCGGCGCUGGCGGCGGCGGCGGGCGGCGCGCUGGGGCGCCACCUGCCGCGCGUGCUGCCCGCGCUGCUGGGCGCGCUGGUGGCGGCGCGCGGCGGCCCGCAGGAGGCCACCGAGCUGGACCAGUGCCGCGACGCGCUGCUGCCCGUGCAGGACUCCGCCGGCGUCAGGGUGAUCAUCGACAACCUCCUGGAAUCGAUCCGCGUCCCGGAGGACGACCGGCGGCGGGCGGCCGCUGCCCUGCUCUGUGCGUUCGUGACACACACCCGCGCAGACCUCUCGCCGCACGUGCCGCAGCUGCUCCGGGGGCUGCUGCUGCUGCUGGCUGAGACAGACAGAGAUGUGCUACAAAUGGCGUGGGAGGCCUUGGCGGCGCUGACGAAGACCCUGGACGCCGAGCAGCAGAUAGCGCACGUGUCGGACGUGCGGCAGGCCGUGCGCUUCGCCGCCGCCGACCUCCAGCAGGAGCUGCUGCCCGGCUUCUGUCUGCCCAAGGGCAUAGCACCGAUCCUACCCCUGUUCCGAGAGUCGAUCCUCAACGGUCUACCCGAAGACAAGGAGAACGCCGCACUCAUGUUGGGCGAAGUCAUCAAGCUGACGUCAGCGGCAGCCAUCCAGCCGUCAGUGGUGCACAUCACCGGGCCGCUAAUCAGGAUCCUGGGAGACCGCUUCAACUCCAGCGUGAAGGCUGCCGUGCUGGAGACGCUGGCGGAGCUGCUGUCCAAGGUGGGCGUGAUGCUGAAGCAGUUCCUGCCUCAGCUGCAGACGACAUUCCUGAAAGCGCUGAACGACCCGAACCGGCCGGUGCGCAUCAAGGCCGGCCUGGCCUUGUCUCAGCUGGUCGUCAUCCACACCAGGGCCGACCCGCUCUUCAUGGAGCUGCACAACAACUUCAAGAAUACGGAGGAUGCUGCCAUCAGGGAGACCAUGUUGCAGGCCCUCCGCAGCAUCAUCACCGUGGGCGGCGAGAAGAUGACCGAGCAGACCGCGCUGGUGGUGCUGUCCACGCUCACCAGCGCCGCCUUCCUGGGGCACGCCGACGACCCGCCGCGCGCGCCCGUGGGCGGCUGCCUGGGCGCGCUGCUGCACGUGCUGCCCGCCCACCACCGCCACGCGGCGCUGCUGCACCACAUCCUGGCGCCGCUCGCCGCCAACGCCGCGCACGCGGACGAGUGGCUCCUCCAGCAUGGAAGGUCGUGCGCGCUGUUCGUCGCCCUCAAGGAGACACCGGAGUGCGUGUACCGCGACCAGUUCGAGGAGAAGAUUGAUAAAGCGCUGCUCGGCUACCUCGCCAGCGAUAAGAUACCGAUCACGUGCAACGGGAUACGAGGCAUUGGUUAUCUGAUGAAGUAUCUCCUGCAGAACGACAGGCCGAUCCCGCCGAAUCUACUGUCGCAGUUUGUCAGGAGCAUGAACCACAGCAGCAACGAGGUGAAGCAGCUGAUGGCGAGCGCGAGCGCGCUGGCGGGGCGCGCGGCGCGGCCGGCGGGCGGCGCCGAGCUGCUGCGCGCGCUGCUGCCGGCGCUCGUCAACGGCACCAAGGAGCGCAACUCCUGCGUGCGCGCCGGCGCCGAGCUGGCGCUGCGCCGCGUGCUGCGCCUGCCCGACCACACCGCGCACUACCAGCAAUGCCUGUCUCUGCUGGACGAAGGCGCCCGCGAGGCCCUGGCGGACGUGGUGUCUCGGGUGCUCCGCCGCCCGCACAGCGACGCAAGGGAUGAAGAUCUCGACUGCACGCUGCUUACUUAGCUACCCGUUAUACUCUAUCUAUAAUAUAUCAAUUUUAACUUAA